UUUCAGCCUGCAAAAGAGAUAAAGAGUUAAGUAGUAUAGUAGCUAGUAGAGAUAUUAGAGAUAUAAAAAUUUGUAUCGUAGAUAAAGAGGAGGCAGUAAUACAUAGAGUAGUAAAAGAUAAAAAGCAAAUGGAAACAGCGAUGGCCAAAAUAACCUUGGAAAUUGUUAUAAAUGGGGAAUUGGCACGAGAACAUUCAAAAAUAAAAUUAUGGGAAUCCAGUGGUUGCAAAAAGCGUAUGAAAAUGGAAGUGAGAACCUUUUGGAUACUUUUAACGGAACUUCCAUAA